AUGUUUCGCAUAUUAGGUAGUCAUUUAAUUUCUAACGAAGGAAGUUUAUUGAAAUGUAGACGAUUUAUAUGGACAUGUGUAAAUGAAGGUCAUGGAUGCUUAAAUUAUAUCGCUCCACAAACACGUUUACGCGUUGUUGACAAUAGUCCCUGGAGUAGUAUAGCACCAUCAAAUAUUACAAGUAGUGGUAAAGAUCAUUCAGGCAAAAAAGUGACACCUAGUGAACAGAAAACAUCUAAAAUAGUUAAAAAUGAUAAAGAUGUAAGACAUUUACUUGCUCUUGGCUCAAAAGCACUUGCCAUAAAACCAGCAAAAUGUAUUCGUGUUUAUAAUAAAAAGGAUAGAGGAAAAAUUGGUGACAAAGUACUAGUCGCCGUUAAUGGAGAAAUGAAGAAAGGUUGGAUUGUUGGUUGCCGAUUACCAUCUCAAAAUGGUUGGCCACGGUUUGAGUCAAAUAAUAUUGUUCUGGUUGAUGAUGAUGGCAAUCCUUUAGGCACACGUAUACUUGUACCAAUACCUGCACGUUUACGAAGUUUAUCAGGAGAUAUAACAAAAAUUUUGUCAAUAGCCAGUUCAUUUGUAUAAAAAAAAGUAUAUAAAUUAUAUCUAGUUAAUUUUGUCUUUGAUACCAUUAUUUUUUUUGAUCUAGAAUAUUCUAGAAUUGUUAGGAAUGUGAUCUAGUUUAGAUGAGCAGUUAGUUUUAUCUAGAUUUUCAUUAUCUUCAAAAGGCGAAUAUACUACUCCAUGCAGUCAGCUUAUUCUUGGUAUGUUAAAAUCUUCAAUCGUUUACACUAAGUGCAAUCCUUCUCUAUUCUGAAGACGUCUUGGAUGGUACAAUUUUUUGAAUGUCUCUUCACAAAUCAGUAUUAUUGUUAUUUCUAUGAAUUCUCAAUUCUCUGAGACAAAUAAUGUUUCAUACAUUUCACACACUUGAUGAAUAUGUAUUAAGAUUUCUUAUCUCACAGUUCCUCGGUGUCCAAGUGUUUAAAAUACCUACAACGAAUUUAUAUUCAGAAAUUA